UGUAAAGAUGGCGUCCAUCAUGGAGGGACCGCUGAGCAAAUGGACUAACGUCAUGAAAGGUUGGCAGUAUCGCUGGUUUGUUUUGGACUACAAUGCGGGUUUACUGUCAUACUACACGGUGCGUAUUUCCUUGUACUUCAUAAUGAAUACGCGGAUAAGCUCCCGGGUCCGGUAGUAUUAUUUGCUAAAGCUUGUCAAAACCGAGUGCUGGAAACGGGACAGCGGCCUCCCUGUUGGUGCUUUCAAGACAACUGGGAACUCGGGGGUCAAAUCAUGACGUACGUGAACUUCAGGUUGGAAAGUCGGAACAAUAGAAAGAUGCCCGAGUUUCCGACUUGGAAUUCCGAGUUCGAUGACCGUUUUAAAACGAUUUUUCUCAGUUGGAUUUCGUUUUUUCCCGUCUUGAACGCACUGAAGUCAGAGAUUUCCAGUUCCCAGUUGUUUUGAACGCGCCAUGUGUGCCGGGAGUUGCGAAUCUCAGCUGUCAGAAAAGGGCGGGGACUUUGCGUGACAGAUUCAUUAUUGACCAAUCAUAUCCAUGCCAGAUUAGCAACUAGCAAAUUAAAUGCCAGCAUUUUCUGUACUUCCUGGAAUGAUGCGGCCGUGUUCUUCCCUUGUUGUUUGUCUGCAACAUUUUCUAUCUAUCUUUCUAUCUAGCUAGCUAUCUAUUUUUCAUGUCCAUGUUUUGCUGUCAGUUAGGCUUCAACACUGUUGAUUUUUCGAGACAUUUAAAGCAACGUAGCAGGAACAAUUAUAACAAUGUCAGCAAAGGGAGGAGACAAGGUUAUUUAGCUAACUCAUGUUAGUCAGCUCAUUGAGUUAACGUUAGCCAACUAGUCAAGUGAAGUAAAUACCUAGCAAAAAAAAUGUGCCUGCUUAGUCUGCCUGCGUAACAAAAAUGUAUAGUAGACUUCACCGUUUUGGUCUGCUGUCACCAGAGGCAGAGUUAAUGUUAGCAGAUAUCAAAUCACAUUUUAUUGGUCGCAUACACAUAUUUUGCAGAUGUUAUCGCAGGUGCAGCGAAAUGCUUAUGUUUCUAGCUCCAACAGUGCAUUAAUACCGAAAAAUACAAAACAAUACACAAAUCCUCCCAAAUCAAUAAAUAUCAGAAUGAGCAAUGUCAGAGUCCUGAAUUUAAAUAUAUAUGUAUAUGAUAUACACUACCGGUCAAACGUUUUAGAACACCUACUCAUUCAAUGGUUUUUCUUUUCUUUUUACUAUUUUCUACAUUGUAGAAUAAUCGUGAAGACAUCAAAACUAUGAAAUAACACAUAUGGAAUCAUGUAGUAACCAAAAAAAGUGUUAAACACAAUCAGGCCUCCACAAUCCCCCGACCUCAACCAAAUUGAGAUGGUUUGGGAUGAGUCGGACCGCAGAGUGAAGGAAAAGCAGACAACAAGUGCUCAGCAUAUGUGGGAACUCCUUCAAGACUGUUGGAAAAGCAUUCCAGGUGAAGCUAGUUGAGAGAUUGCCAAGAGUGUGCAAAGCUGUCAUCAAGGCAAAGGGUGGCUAUUUGAAGAAUCUCAAAUAUAAAAUAUAUUUUGAUUUGUUUAGCACUGUUUUGGUUACUACACGAUUCCAUAUGUGUUAUUUCAUAGUUUUGAUGUCUUCACUAUUAUUCUGCAAUGUAGAAAAUAGUUUUUAAAAAAAUAAGAAAAACCCUUGAAUGAGUAGGUAUUCUAAAACUUUUGACGGGUAGUGUAUAUAGACAGUAUAUGAAUAGAAAAGGUGUGUACAUCAGUAGUUAUAUAAGAAGUGGGUAAAACCGUAUGUGAACAUUAUUAAAGUGACCAGUGUUCAAUGGCUAGGGUAGCAGUCUCUAAGGUGCAGGGUAGAGUACCAGGUGGUAGUCGGCUAGUAACAUUGCCAUCCCUCUUUUUUAUAAUUUUUUUUGCUACCUUAUCAUUGAUUGCACCCUUCAUAAAGCUACAUAGCCUGCCGAAGAUGGCACUAUUAUGCCUUUACAUCGUUGACAACCUAAAGCCAUUUCGUUCUACCAUUUUCAACAGCCUGACCCUGCCACUUUGAUGGGUUAACUGAGGGAUGGGGCUGGAGAAAUUUAACCACUGUCAAAUGAAUAGAGGACGCAUACAGGUGAUGCGUUGGUUGGGAAUUGUGGGCAGGUGAUUGUUCAGGCUGUGAGUUCCCUGCUGAUAAUGGGCUCCCGCCUAUCUAUGUCACAAUGGGAUGCCGGACUAUCGCGCCUCAACGUCUGUGGACUAUGAUUUACGCUUUAGGCAUUAUAGCUAAGUCAAGAAUCAUUGGUCAUAUACACUCAAUGGCCAGUUUGUUAGGUAUGCUACCCUGUUCACGUAAAUGGUUCGCUUCUACAGACAGUGAGUCAGGUGGCCAUGGCUUGCUAUAUAAAGCUGGCAGACAGGCAUCGAGGCAUUCAGUUACUGCUCGAUUGAAUGUUAGAAUGGGCAAAAAUAGUGAUCUAUGCGACUUUGAGCAUGGUAUGAUCGUCGGUGCCAGGUGCGCUGGUUCCAGUAUCUCAGAAACAGCCAGCCUCCUGGGCUUUUCACGCACGACAAUGUCUAGGGUUUACAGAGAAUGGUGUGACAAACAAAAAACAUCCAGUCAGCAACAGUCCUGUGGGCAAAAACAGCUUGUUGAUGAGAGGUCGAAGGAGAAUGGCAAGAAUCGUGCACGCUAACAGGUGGGUCACAAACAGGAAAACAAUGGUGCAGUACAACGGUGUGCAGAACGGCAUCUCGGAAUGCAUAACUCGUCAGUCCUUGUCACGGAUGGUCAGCAGAAGACCACACCGCGUUCCACUCCUAUCAGCUAAAAACAAGAAGAAGCAGCUCCAGUGGGCACGCGGUCACCAACACUGGACAAUUGAGGAGUGGAAAAACAUUGCCUGGUCCGAAGAAUCCCAGUUCCUGUUGCAUCAUGCUGAUGGCAGAGUCAGGAUUUGUCGUAAGCAGCAUGAAUCCAAGGCCCCAUCCUGCCUCGUGUCAAUGGUACAGGCUGGUAUAGUAAUGAUAUGGAGAAUGUUUUCCUUGCACAUGUUAGGGCCCUUGAUACCAAUUAAGCAAUGUUUCCAUGCCCCAAAGAAUAAUUCAGGAUGUUCUUAAAGCAAAGUGGGGUCCGACCCAGUACUAGAUGGGUGUAGCUAAUAAACUGGCCACUGAGUGUAUAUGACCAUUGAACAGAAGGAACAUCAUGAAAAUAAUAUGCUCCACUGUGUCCCAUCAAACUAUCUCACAGGUAGCCACAAAUAUGCCCCUUUUACUGUCAUUCACAAAGAUGGGAAGGUUUCACGAUACAGGUAAACCCAGUAUCCCAAUCUCAUGCAAGUCAAACUAAAGGUAACUGCCAAAAUAAAGGAAACACCAACAUACAGCGUCUUAAAGGUUGAGUAAGUAAGAAUCUUGUCCACAAAUGUACCCACGUUUCUAUUAGGCCUAUAUGUAAAUAGUUUAUGAUUAGCGAAUGUAGUUAUUUUGUUAAAUACUUCUCCCUAUUAGUUGAAAUCAAUUUUUUUCACAGCCAUUUUAGCUGUUGUGCUAGCUGUUCGGUCGGAACAGAUUCACAAAUCAUGGGAAUUUGUUGCGCUGUACAGACAUCAUCUCCCUCCGAGGCAGGUGUUGCUAGGCAACCCCCUGCACUUUCCUGGGCAAGCCUGCUCCCUCCGUGGCUAAAGCCAGUGUGCGAAAUGGGAUAACAAAUGUUUAUGCUAUGAAACAAAAUAAAUACUGCACUCUGACCAACAAAACUUAUUUGCUAGGUUCAUGAUAGUGUUGUUAGACAAAGCAAGGAAAGAGAACUUCAAAACGUGAUGUAGUUUUAUUUGAAUUUGCAGCUGUUGUUGGUAAGUAAUCUGCUAGCUUCUGAUAUGACUGAUUGCAUCUGUAAUAGGGCGUUGGGCCACAACAUGCCGCCAGAAGAGCUUAUAUAUAUAUACAGCUCUGGAAAAAAUUAAGAGACCACUACAAAAUUAUCAGUUUCUCUGGUUUUACUAUUUAUAGGUAUGUGUUUGGGUAAAAUUAAAAAAUAUAUAUAUUCUAUAAACUACUGACAACAUUUCUCCCAAAUUCCAAAUAAAAAAUAUUGUCAUUUAGAGCAUUUAUUUGCAGAAAAUGACAACUGGUCAAAAUAACAAAAAAUAUGCUGUGUUGUCAGACCUCGAAUAAUGCAAAGAAAAUAAGUUCAUGUUCAUUUUUAAACAACACAAUACUAAUGUUUUAACUUAGGAACAGUUCAGAAAUCAAUAUUUGGUGGAAUAACCCUGAUUUUCAAUCACAGCUUUCAUGCGUCUUGGCAUGCUCUCCACCAGUCUUUCACAUUGAUGUUGGGUGACUUUAUGCCACUCCUGUCGCAAAAAUUCAAGGAGCUCGGCUUUGUUUGAUGGCUUGUGACCAUCCAUCUUCCUCUUGAUCACAUUCCAGAAGUUUUCAAUGGGGUUCAGGUCUGGCGAUUGGGCUGGCCAUGACAGGGUCUUGAUCUGGUGGUCCUCCAUCCACACCUUGAUUGACCUGGCACAUUGUCCUGCUGAAAAAACCAAUCCUCAGAGUUGGGGAACAAUGUCAGAGCAAAAGGAAGCAAGUGUUCUUCCAGGACAACCUUGUACGUGGUUUGAUUCAUGCGUCCUUCACAAAGACAAAUCUGCCCGAUUCCAGCCUUGCUGUAGCACCCCCAGAUCAUCACCGAUCCUCCACCAAAUUUCACAGUGGGUGCGAGACACUGUGGCUUGUAGGCCUCUCCAGGUCUCCGUCUAACCAUUAGACGACCAGGUGUUGGGCAAAGCUGAAAAUUGGACUCAUCAGAGAAGAUGACCUUACUCCAGUCCUCUACGGUCCAAUCCUUAUGGUCUUUUGCAAACCUCAGCCUGGCUGUUCUUUGCUUCUCAUUGAUGAAGGGCUUUUUUCUAGCUUUGCACGACUUCAGCCCUGCCCCUAGGAGCCUGUUUCGAACCGUCCUCACCGUGCACUUCACCCCAGCUGCCGUUUGCCAUUCUUUUUGUAGGUCACUUGAUGUCAUCCUACGAUUGUUGAGUGACAUUCAAAUUAGUUGGCGGUCAUCCCGGUCAGUAGUCGUUUUUGCCCUCUGCCGGUCCGUAUCUUUGUUGCCCCCAAUGUCUGCUGUUUGACCUUGUUCUUAUGAACAACCGCCGUCUUAGAAAUUUUAAGGACGGAAGCAACCUGACGCUCACUGUAUCCCUCUGCCAGUAAAGCCAGAAUUGAACCCUUCUUUUCCUCACUCAAAACUUUCCUUUUCAACUCUUUUGGCAUGGUCCAUAGUUAUUACUUAUGAGGUACUAUUAACACUUUUUUUUGCCAUCCAGCUGGUCCUAUUGCAAGAGGAUAGUGAUGACCACAGCAGUGGUUUUUAUACUUUUCCUCGUUAAAUAAGAUUUGGUUCAGGUGAUCACCUAAUCAGUACCUAAUUUAGUAGAAUGAGGUGUGCCUGUAUUGGAAUUCAACAGACACUGGAAUAGAAUGGCUGUCAUACAUGUAGAGAUGCUGAUUUAAGUAAAAUUUGCAGUGGUCUGUUAAUUUUUUCCAGAGCUGUGUAUAUAUAUAAUUAUUUUCUUUACAUCGCUGCAACUCCCCAACGGGCUCGGGAGGUGAAGGUCGAGUCAUGCGUCCUCCGAAACAUGACCCGCCAAACCGCGCUUCUUAACACCCGCCCACUUAACCAAGGAGCCAGCCGCACCAAUGUGUUGGAGGAAACACCGUUCAACUGACGACAGAGGUCAGCCUGCAGGCGCCCGGCCCCUAACCCGGACAACGCUGGGCCAAUUGUGCGCCGCACUAUCGGACUCUCGAUCACGGCCGGUUGUGAUACAGCCCGGUGCCUUAGACCGCUGCGCCACUCGGGAGGCCCCGCCACCAGAACAGCUUCAAUGCGCCUUGGCAUAGAUUCUACAAGUGCCUGGAACUCUAUUGGAGGGAUGCGACACCAUUCUUCCACGAUAAAUUCCAUAAUUUGGUCACAGACUGUUCUCUCUGCUACCGCACGGCAAGCGGUACCGAUGCACAUAGUCUGGAACCAACAGGACCCCGAACAGCUUCUACCCCCAAGCCAUAAGACUGCUAAAAUGCAAAUCAAUUUAUAACAUUUUUGACAUGUGUUUUUCUGGGGUUUUUUGUUGUUAUUCUGUCUCUCACUGUUCAAAUAAACCUACCAUUAAAAUUAUAGACUGAUCAUGUCUUUGUCAGUGGGCAAACGUACAAAAUCAGCAGGGGAUCAAAUACUUUUUUCCCCUCACUGUAAAUACCUACCUCGAUUACCUCAUACCCCUGCACAUUGACUUGGUACUGGUACCCAAUGUAUAUAGCCAAGUUAUUGUUAUUCAUUGUGUUUAUUCCUCGUGUUGUUCUUUUUCUAUUAUUUCUCUUUUUUUCUCUCUGCAUUGUUGGGAAGGGCCCGUAAGUAAGCAUUCCACUGUUAGUCUACACCUGUUGUUUACGAAGCAUGUGACAUACAAUUUGAUUAGAUUUUUGUUGAUGGUGGUGGAAAACGCUGUCUCAGGCGCCGCUCCAGAAUCUCCCAUAAGUGUUCAAUUGGGUUGAGAUCUGAUGACUGAGACGCGCACGCACACACCAUUUAAACCCCCUAUGGUCCUUUGCGACCCGUCUUUCAAAGUCACUGAGAUCUAUUCUAGCCAUGGUAGCCAAAAUAAUGGGCAACUGGAAAUGUUUAUAUACUGAACGAAAAUAUAAACGCAACAAUUUCAAAGAUUUUACUGAGUUAGAAUAAAAUCAAUAAAAUGCAAUUGUGUUUGUUGGCCGUAGCUUAUACCUGCCCAUACUAUAACCCCACUGCCACCAUGGGGCACUCUGUUCACAACGUUGACAUCUGCAAACCGCUCGCCCACACAACACCAUACAAGUGGACUGCGGUUGUGAGGCGGGUUGGACAUACUGCCAAAUUCUUGAAAAUGACGUUUGAGUCGGCUUAUGGUAGAGAAAUUAACAUUCAAUUAUCUGGCAACGGCUUUGGUGGACAUUCCUGCAGUCAGCAUGCCAAUUGCAUGCUCCAUUCAACUUGAGACAUCUGUGGCAUUGUGUUGUGUGACAGAACUGCACAUUUUAGUGGCAUUUUAUUGUCCCCAGCACAAGGUGCACCUGUGUAAUGAUCAUGCUGUUUAAUCAGCUUCUUGAUAUGCCAGACCUGUCAGGUGGAUGGAUUAUCUUGGCAAAGGAGAUAUGCACACUAACAGUGAUGUAAACAAAUGUGUGCACAAAAUUGAAGAGAAAUAAGCUUUUUGUGCGUAUGGAAAAUUUCUGGGAUCUUUUAUUUCAGCUCAUGAAACAUGGGACCACACUUUACAUGUUGUGUUUAUUUUUGUUCAGUGUACAUGAUCCUAAGCAUGAUGAGAUGUUGUAAUUUCUUAAUUAACUCAGGAACCACACCAGUGUGGAAGCACCUGCUUUCAAUAUACUUUAUCCUUCAUUUACUCGUGUUUUCUUUAUUUUGGGAGUUACCUGCAUCUGCUGGCACUUAACAAAUUCAAUAUGACCCUACACUGAACGACCGUAAUAGGGACACUUUUGGUUACGGUGAAUGUCAUUUAUAGCCUAAGUGCCAGUCUUUGUGCUAUCAUGUCAACGUAUUAUCAAUCAUGGGUAUACCAAACGUUUGGCUAGACAAUGAGCAAUGGACUUGGCAAGAGCACAAACAGAUCUGGGACCAGGCUAUGUCAUACUAUAGCUAUGUCAUACUUGCAGAUGAUAUGCAAUACUAGGAAACUCACAAUUCUGUCUUGCAGUGAUUUUUACCAGAGAAUCUUAGCUUGCUAUCUACAUGUAUGAUGUUCCAGGAACUUUCCACUGAUAAAGUUGAUAAUGAAUAAACUUAAACUUGGAGUGGAAAUGUGUGUGAACGGAGUAUGCGGAUAUAAAACAAUUGUAUAGUAUGCUUGAAACCUAAUUUGUUCUUGUUCAUUUUCAGUCCAAGGACAAGAUGAUGCGUGGCUCUAGAAGAGGCUGUGUGCGUCUCAGGGUAAGGAACUGAUUUGGGUUGUUGACCAUGCUCAUUAGCCUAUGUGCUUAGAGGGACAAUUUGCACCCGCUGAAUAAGUAGCUAUUUUCCUAACUAGCCUAAUACUGUUCUGUUGUUGUAGGUGUUCUUUGGCAAUACAAUACAAGGCUAUUUAAUAUAAGCGCUUUCUAGAAGUUUGUGAACAUAUUGCCACUAGAUGGCAGCAUUUGAUGUAUUACUUGUACUUGGAAUAGACACUAACAAUAGUAUUUUAAUGAAGCGUUUCCUAAAAUGGAUCCUAGCUGGCCCAUUGUAACCAUUUUGUUAUUUCUAUCCUCAAGGAAUUAACCAUUAUUAUAUUAUUAUUAACUUAAUUUAGUAGCAAAGCGAUCAGAGAUCUGCUUUGACUUUGAACUGCAGCUCAAACAGAGGUUUUACUUUUAAAGUUUAAACAAAUAGUUAGAUAGAUUGAAAUGUCUUGGGGGAAACCUGUUUGGUAUAUUUUUGUGUCAAGGCUAGAUGAAGCAGGAUUUGAAUUCUUUAUCCUAAUACUUUUAUGAGUAGAGGUGAGAAUUGGGAAAACAUACCAUCUUUAAUUCAGUACCCACAAUUGAAAAACGCAUUUUAAUAACCCAUUUAGUGUAAGAGUAUCACGUGCGAAUAUCAUCAUGUGCGUAGGUGUCUUUGUUUUGUUUUUUUAACCUACGUUUUGGCAAUAAUUCGAAGGAUUAGCACAACCCGAUGUCAGAAUUUGUUUAUUUUUGCCUAGAGACAAUGUUCACAUUCAUGUAAAAAAGACCUUUCGUAGACAUCACACACCACACACUCAGCUGCUAUCCACAGCUUUGAGAAAACAACAGUUGGCUAGAUUCUCUAGCAUGCUAAAUUGAUACCCCUCUUUUUCUUGUUGGUGGGUCAGAUGAUUGAUAAUGGAAUUAAGAAGACAACAUUUCUCAUGACUUUCAUCUGUUUUGUGCUGAUUUUGAAGGUAUAUGAGCAUUCGCAUGUUAGUGUUGUCAGGUAUAGUGAACAUAUCUUACUCUGAACAGCAUUCUCCUAGAUUCAUAUACGUGUACAAAGUCUGACCUUACGUAGAGUUUUGUGUGUUGUAAUGUUUGGGAGUUUAGUCUAUCUACUAUAAAAAAAAGUGUCUAGCAUAAAGUUAUUAACUUGCAAGUGUAGCCUGGUUGCAUAUUGAAUUGUGCUAUACAUUGACUGAUUAGUAGCCUAGUUGAGUAUAUUUCUUCCUUAGUACAAGUUUUAGAUAGUUGGGACAGUACUUGUGGAUUUACUUAUGAGGUGAUGGCAUUUUCUUCUAGUCCUCAGACACACACACAGGCUAAAUGCACACCACAUGUAUAAACACACACUCAGCCUAGGUUACAUUAUUUCUAGCCUAAUUCUACUCAUGGCUCGUUGAAUGCCCAUUCCUCAUUUUGUACCAGUGCCUUUGUCUCUCUGUGUGAAGCCAGCAGCCAGGGCAUUGUCUUUUAAUGAGUCAUCACAUAGUGGUUCUCUGUGAUAAUGGACGCCUACACCUCACCCUCAGUACAUGGAAAGUCUUAAUGCAGAUUUGUGGUUAAUUAUAUUAUACAUUUUUGACUUAAUUAAAAGAUAAGCAUAUGCCUUUCUUUUAUUUUAAUUUUAAAGGUUGGUUUUGACUAGCAAGCAGGUUUGAGAUAUACUGUUGCUAGGUGCCAAGCCACAAACAGUUCUGCAGUGAUUUUCUUUCCUUCCAUGCUGCUGGUCCCCAAUGUCUGUCUCCUCUCUACCUGUUCCUGCCUCUCACACUCCACCCAGACACCCGCUCCUCUUUUCUCCCAUGCCUCGGUGGGUUUUUGAUAGAGCGUGAGCAGGAGAGGGGGAUGGUGACGUCUCACUGCCUCCUCUUCCUUUUUGGUUUCCCAGGGAGCUGUAAUAGGAAUCGAUGACGAGGACGACAGCACAUUCACCAUCACUGUGGACCAGAAGACUUUCCAUUUUCAAGGUGAGUCUCUUGUUAUUUUCUUUUUCCUCCCGUCUCCCUCACCUCCCACUCUGCUGACUUCCCUGUCGUUUGGAGUGAAUCUGUCAAUGCUGCAUACGGCCGGCUGCUCGCAUAUAGGCUCUCUUUGUAGUUUGUUCUCUCUCUCUCUCUCUCUCUCUCUCUCGUAUGCUCUUUCCUGCCUUUUUAAAAGGAGGAUUAUUCUGUCGGUGCGCCAACACAAGCAGACACACAUCUAGGCAUUUGAAUUGCUCGUCGUCUCUAUGUGGAACCUUCCUUUUCAUCAGCAGCAUCUGGCAGCUUUGCAAAGUAGAAGUGAAAUGGGUAGGGGCUAAAGCAAGAUUUAUUCCACACCAAGAUUAUUCUGUAAUGGAAAGAAGCGAAGGAGGCUCUUUUUUUUGGGAAGAUUACUUGCAUUUUCUACCGCCUCUGGGAAUAAAACAAAUACUGCUGAGCUAAAAGCCGAGCUAUCUGCACUGCCGCUCCCCACCCUGAACACCGACACUUCCCAGAGACAGGACUGGCCCCCUUUCCCAGACACCCCUCACCCCACCCCUUUCCCCCGGACAGCAGCUGCACCGUCCGUCCACCCAGCGGACCGCUCUCCUCCAGGUCUCUAACCUCCUCCACCCUGUCACAACCCCAUCCUCAUGCCUCCAUCCCCCCCACUCCCGACACAGCCACCACUACCACCACCAGCACGUUAUCCACGGUGGGCCCACCUCCACCUCCUUCAUGCCAUCUCCCAUUGCUAUGUUCCGAAACUGUAUGCUGUGGUUCUACAAUAGGAAGGGUAAGGAGAUGUCUGCAUGCUGGCCUCUGUUAGCAGGUCGAAGGGCAUGACUUAGUGAAGCAGUGAUAGUAGCCUUUUCCUACGUAUUUGGGUUGGUGGUUUUUGUAGCUUACCGUUUGCUUUGAUUUACUGUGUUUUCUAUAGCGGUUGUAUAUCGUGGAAGACGUAUCAUAUGUUUCAUUCACUUUUAGAAAAUAUGUUUCAAAGGCUUGAUGGUUUAAAGAAACAAUAUUAUGGACGGUUGUUUCUAAGAGGUGCAUUGUCAGGUCACCUGUUUAAGAUUAUGUUCGCUAAGGUCAUAAUUCUAUGAUAUUGUUAUCAAUCUGAUUCAAUUUGAAAUUCAUAUGUCAAGUUGUUCGAGUUAUAAUUCCUAUUUCUAUGGUCAUAACUAAGCCAGUUUUAAUUUUGUCAUUUGGUCUACUUGCUCUAUUAUGCGUAUUCAGUAAAUGUCAUCUGAGUUCACCCUUUAAAUGAUGCAGCCCUGAAAGACUUUUGGAUUCCUAGCUCUGGGGGGUGAAAUAAAGAUGCUCCUCCAGAUGAUGCCUCCAAGUUGAAAAGCUAUUAUAAGAUUACGUAGAAAAGAUGGGAACUUCACGGCCAUUUCACAACCCAUCUGUCAACCAAGCCUAUGGGAAUUAUUUUCUAUCACCAACAUCACAACAAGGAACAUACUCAUUUCGACAUGAAAAGGAUACCGAAGAUAUAUGCGCUACUCCAGAUGUUUCCUGCUGGAGAUACAUUACUCAGGAUCCAGCUGAUGUUACACACAUUUAUUCUGGUGUGUUGCUGUGGCUGGCAGGCAGGCAGGGGGGCUGUGUCAGAGGAGGACUGGAGCAGAGCAUGGGUGAGGUAUGGGGCAGCUACAGAUGAAGGCUGCAGAGAGAGAGGCUCUGUAUUUCUAUUUCGAGGAUCGUCCAUAAUUCAUCAGGCUCUUUUUCUGGCGGAGCAUCAGAGCCCUUCAACUCCCCCUCCCCACUUCCACAGCACACCUCCCCGUGUGCUAAAGAGCUCUUUACCUGGCCCCCAUACAGACAAAAAUGCUUAGCCUGGGAAACUGCUGAAUGCAAUGGCCAAGCCCAUGAUGAGCAGGUUGCCUGUUGUAGAGAGGGGGUCUAGUGGUUCUGGAAAUGUAUGUAUGAUCAUACCCAGUCUUUGGAGUAUAGCACUGUGUACACUCAAAGGGAUGUAUGACUAGGUAUUGAGCUUAUCUUGGGGGAUAGUUCAUCUGUAUGUAAAUGUGUGUGUUAGAGAGGGGCUGUGACUGGAAUGGAGCUGUGAUUCCUUGUCUUCUUACCUGUUCCCCAGGGAGCUCCUACCUCAGCACAGUGACCGCACAGCCACAGUCUGCUGCAGCACAGUCUGUAACUAGGAAAGAACAUCUAGUCUUUGCUUUCUUCCUGAAAAGAACAUGCAUUCAUUAGCACACACAGAGAUUUACUCCAACCCCUCUCUCUCCUCCAAUCAAGAUACUACUUUAUUGUGUUUACCAAAAACUGCUGUGCAUCAUACCAUCUACAUUCUCUCUCCUUAUUAUAAAACAUUCCAUUAAUUCAGCCAAAUAGGGGAGGCAGAAGAAGUGAACAAAAUAUGAUUCACAUCCUUUGAAGGAAGGCAGCAGAGCAGUUUUGAUUGGUGUGUCUUAUGAAUGUGAAAAUACGUAACCAGAGAGGAAAUUGAAUUAUCUGCUUGUUAGACACACUGCUAGCGCCUGUGUGACUGCUGUCACCUUGCUGAAGGCUUUCAGGUCUCUCCACCGCCCCCGCCUCUAUCUCUCUGGGCCUGGCUUUCAGUAAUAAAAUGUGCUCUGGAGAAUGACCGCUUUGUGCACUAAUGGCCCAGGAGUUAAUAAUAAUAAUAAACGUUGCUUUCAUCCAGAGGAGCCACCUACCUUCCUGAGUAGAGGGGGAGCAUUAGGCCCUAAUUGGGUUGUGGGUACGUGCCAUGUCAGGGCCUGUUGGGCUCUGUGUUGAACACUGAGGCGCUGCACAGGUUUAUGACCUGCCUGGGCUUCAAGACACCACUGUUGUUAAUGUAAAACAGUCAUACGAAGAGUUCAGAUUUUCCAAGUUCAUAUUAUAUAAAUGAAGAAAAUUGUAACCACGAGGUCUACCAAACUGAAGUGUUUGUGCUGUACAGAACAAUUUGUUUUAUUGGUCUCAAAGUUACGUAAGUGUUCAAUAUAUUCUACUGUUGUUAAUGAUUUGCUGUUGCUAUCACUUCAUCAGCAAUGUCUGUAGCCUAUAUCUCACUUAAGACUGACCCCAGUAAUGAUGGCUGGUGUUAUGACAGACUGUGUAUUCCCUCUGCUGGCUAGAUAGGAGUGACCAUGUUUGUCAUGCACAGUAAAUAUCACACAGGGAUGGCACAGUGUUUACUUGCAAGUCACAGAUAGUUGUGGAACUGACCAAACAGUGCACCCUUACUGUCACACGAAGAGCUUUAGGUAGAAGGGAGAUUCUUCGUUAGCUCUUUACAUGCCAUGCAACCAAGUAGUAAGUAGUGAUCUUUCAAUCUAAUAAUCUAGCAAGCAUCUUUGUUUUCCCUAUUUCUUUGUUGGACAUUGAUUUGACACCAACAUACAGUAUUUCACACAAUUCUUUGCUUAAAAUACAGGAUGUUGUUUGUUUUGCUCCAUUCUCACGGCAGAUUGACCCUAUUACUGUUAUGGGGUAAACACAAAUCUAUAGAAAGGUUUUGCUAAGAAAAGUGUGCCUAAAUUAAAUUAGCACAGACAUGGAGGUGAGAGGGUGGUGAGGCAAUGCGGUGAGGGCUUGGCAUGAGCCCUGGCUGCCUCUAAUGUCUUUAAAAGCGUUGGGCUUUCAUCCUGAGCUCUUAUCCAUCAAUCAUCUGGGUACACUGUAUUUUACAUGUCGAUUAAACCUCCCCAGGCCCCCGUCACCUCCUGUGAUGAAAUACUGGAUUGUCUAUUAUGAUUUAGUUGUUUUUGUCUGUUCCUUUUUUAAUAUUCAGCUUAUUCCAUGCUUUCGCAACGCUGUUUCCUUAAUUGCAAUCAGAAAACGAUCAAUUAUCAAAUGUUUAUGUUCAUAACAUUUCUCUGUUGAUGAAAUGUGGCAAACAUUUAUGAAAAUGUGUCAAUGUUCCCUUUCAGAUUUUGGACUGUUUAACUUUAACUGGAUAGACAUAUUUAGAGGGAUUAACCCACAGACUAACCCUCCUGUUCAAUUCCCACAGCCAUCAUUCAGAAUAACAGGAUGACUCAGGCUACUAAUGUUUUAAUUCAUUUUACUAACUCUUCAUUUCAAGCUUUAUCUUCUCUCGGCAGUGGCGUGUAUUCAUAGAUGCCAAGGGAAGCCAGGCCUCCGAAUUUUUAUAACCAAGAAAACAACAUCAAUAAUUUAUCUUUCAUCUCUGUGUUUCAUCAUUUUCCUUCAAUUCGAAAGAGGCUGAAUGUAUCUCAACUGAGAAGGUAUCAGAGCGAGCAAACAGCGUCCCUCUGUCUCUGUAUGUCUAGCCCAUCUAUCUGAUGCUGUCUGGUCAAAAAGAGUAUGAUAUUGUUGCCGCCUGUAGCAUUCAAUGCAAGGAAAGCCAGCGAGCAUUUGGGCUCCCUUGAUAAUUCUUUAAAUAAAAUAAUAGCCAAUCAGCGUUGAACUAAACUGAGUGAGCUCAACUGUGAGUGGUCCUGGCUCAGCAAAACAGGUGUCAAGGGAAGCCAGCUUGGAUUGGGUUUCACAUCAAUCACAUCACAACAAUAGUCAUAUGUCAUUGACAGAACUUGAAUUGUUGCAUCUUGAUGCGUUAUCCUCCUGUGGCUAGCUAGCUAAAAUUGUCAAUAUCCCUAUAUUAGUCAUGGAUAGAGAUCGGGAUUUGGACUUGUGGUUUUACUUAAUUCUCGGUGCUGGACAAUGAUUAUAAUGACGAUUCAAAUCCAACCGUAAAUUCAUACAUUGUGCCCCUGGCCUGAGAGGAUGGAAGUGCAACAUGUAGCUAGAUGUAGUAGGCUAAUGUUAACUAGCUGGCUCAUCAUUGCCCAUGAAAGGAAGUUAGGCAACCGAGCAAGCAUUUAAGCCAUGACAACAAAAACUAAAAGCGUGUAGCCUACUGUAUGAUAGAGUCAUAGGCAGUUUAGGAGAAAUGAAAGAGAUGAGGAUGGCAUUGGCGUGUCUCUACAAGUAGGGUAUAAGUCAACAUGUUUUUUUCUACUCACACACACACACAGAAAUCACUAACAUGGACAGCCACAUCAUUUAGCUUACGUUGAUUGGACUAAAUUGUUUAUGGUAUCUUUUAAUUGUCACUAUUAGACUAAGCAUAGGUGAUUUGAUGAUGUUGAAAUGGUGCUGGAAUAGUGGAGGCAGCUCCUGUUUUCUUUGCGACUUGUGGUAACUCUCCUGUGUUUAGAAGUCCGAAAAUGUCGGAAACAUUAACUUGAUUGGCCAUGCUGUAGGUCAUGUAACUGUUUGUUACAUGCAAUAUGCUUUGUGGACAGAUGUUUUGUGAUGAAACAAAUGUGUGGUUGAAUUUAUUCUGCCGCUGUCUUCUUAUUGUCUCGGCCUUAGGCCUAUAUAUCAUGGUGGUAAGGCAUUUGAACUAACAGGUUAUAGAGCAAACAACGCAAUUAUCACAAUGCAGGUUGUAAUAUGGAAAUUACUGUCUCUCUGUCCCCUUGAUCUGUCAAUCAGAUAUCCCUUUCAUACUAAGAAGUUUUCCAGGCAAAUUUACCAUAGUGCCAACUUUUUUUCCGCCUUUUCUUUUAUAUCUGAAAGGUAUUGCCGGUAUCAAAGCAAAAACGUUUAUUUCUGCCUAAGGACCUAGUAAUCAUUUCGGUAAAGUUCUGCCUAAGGCUUAGUAUGAAACUUGGCGGUAAUGCUGAGGCGGCCUUUGGCACGCACUACGCUCUUACGCCUCAUGUCCACCAACUGCAUCAUACAUUUUGCAUUCCGGGGGAAGUCAUUCACUGUCAAUAGAGCAGUCCGCAACGCUACGUUGGGGAUGCCGCACAAGGCUUCGGUGCGUUCUGUGUAUCGCAUGUUUUCAAUAUUUUCAACUCUUGCGUUGCUUUACUGUGCAAACGAAAGUACACCCACAGACUCCAACUGGCUAGCUAUUAGCAAGUUGAAAAGCGAAGCACAUGUGCGUCAAGUACGGAAAAUGCGUGCUAGACAUCUGGCAAAACAAAAUGCAUAUGCAUCUGGUGGACAUCGGGCAUUAAACCCUUGAUGGUUGCUAAGCAGCGCCAGUUAACCAUCCUCCUGCCAGUUCUAAACUUUGCGAAGCAUGUCACUUCUCCCAUCUCUUCGCAUAGGCCACCACUAAGCAUGUACUGUUUUUUUUAAUCCACAUCUGGCUGGAUCCAUAAAUAAUUGCUGUGGGAAUAAAUAUCACUGAAUUUGGAAAGUAUUGGAAUAAUGUAGGUUAAUGCAAUUCCAACAAACUCGCAAAUGCAUCGAGUCAUUGUAAUACAUUUGAAGCAAUAGCCAACCCAUGUGUCGUCAACUAGAUGAUAAUUUCAGCACGGCUUUGAUUGGGACAGCUCCAUCACGCUACUUUGAGACAAGCGUUGGGACUCGUCUUGAUAAAUCAAUUGAUGUCAGAUUUUUGUUUUCACUGCAUCUCCGUUUGGGUGUUGGUUAGGCUACAAUUUGGCUGGGAAAAUGUUAGCUAAAUUGAGGUGAUUGCUGCGCAUUAUCAUCUUGUCUAGUUGGCUCAUUUAUUAGAACAUUUUCCAUGUACCUAGGCUGACUUGUCUGAUAAUCAAUCAAUGUGAUUUUGUUUCACUGAAUCUCCAUCUGUGUAGGCUAUUUGGGUAAUUGGUUUCUGGCUGGAUAAAUAAGUGGAGGUGGCAUAGCUCAUCUAUUCGUUUGCCCAUCUGUCACUGAUCAGAAACAUUAAGCAUGCAAUAAUGUAGCCUAAAUCAAGUGUAGGACUAUUAUGUUGCCCGAUCGUGUAAAGGCAACUCCAAAAGCCCACGGAGGUUGUGAAAUAUGAACACCAGACUCGCAUGCUUUUGGAAAUAGGAUCGGUAUCAUGAUGAAGAUGCACUCAAUUUUAAUGCCUGCUCCCCAACGAAGUGGAGAGAGUGUAGAAAAGAGUUGAAACGUGGAUGGGCUCUGUUUCAAAAUAUCACUGUAAUCGGGGUAGGUGUCUUGUCGGUUUUAAUGAACAAAAUAAUGAACUAUUAUUUUCAUUAAUUUGGAUGUAAUAUACUUAAACUCAAAAUAUGCCAUUCAAUUUUUUUGAAGAUACAUUUUAUUAGUCUUAUAAUAUUUAUUAGGACCUGCCUAAACAAAUUAAUAAUGGAUUUCUUUUUGAUGGUGUAUAUUCAAUGGAUUUAUUAAAAUAGAUGCCCAACCACAUCUGCACACCACUACUACCACUCUUCCCCGGCAUGCCCACGGAAGGUAUAAAAGGCAUAUACAGGCAAAAAUGUGGUAAAAAUGGGUCUGUUUGUAAGGGGGUCAUAUAAACAUUGCCCAAUUAUUUUUUUACUGGCAAAAUACCGUAAAUCCAAUGUGGAAGCAGUAAGAGUAUAGAGGUUCCAUGGACUCUGGGCUUGUCAGUGUAAAUAUCAGAGGCUUUAUUUGCUCUGUUUAUUUGCCAUGAGGGUGCAGCCUAGCCUGGCAACUGGCUGUGUCUCUUGUCAGGAGACCUGCCUUCCUACUCUCUCGCCCAGCGACGCACCAGAAGGGUUACAAGAACCCCCUCAGCAACUGCACAGCACAGCACAAUGAGCACAUAGUUAACUAGUUGGGCAAGAUGAGCACAGAUGAGGUGCUCUAGUCCUUGUUGUAGCUAUUAGGUUAUGCACUCCGUUGCUGUUGUAAUAAUUCCCAUCUGUACUAUGGCUCAUCUGGUUUGUUUUGUGCGGUUUAUCUCUCAGCUCGAGAUGCAGAUGAACGGGAGAAGUGGAUCCAUGCCUUAGAGGGGACUAUUCUCCGUCACACCCUCCAACUGCGGGUAAGUCACUCACUCACUGAUAUGUUCAGACUAGCUUCACACUAGUGAUGCUGGCUGUGCUAGUGCCAUGCCCCUGAGUUCAGCUAGAGAGGAGAGAGAUAUUGAUCAACAUAUUUACAUGGGAGUAACUUUGGCUGUUGUGCAUCGUUUUUAUUUUUAUUCAAGGUGUAUGUGAGUAUGUGUUUUAACCUUAAAAGAAAGACCAUAAUGUAGUAUUUCUUAAAUUUACUGUUUUGAUUACUUAAGACCACAGGAAAUGAUAGAGGAACUGUUGAGAACAUUGAGCAAUAGCAGUUCAUGUUUAACCUUUUGGAGCGUAUUUGUGGAGGUCUUUUGGAUGCCGGAAAUUGGGAUACAGAAUGAAUAUCAUGCCUCUGUCAGCCUCAUCCAAACUAGUAGCACUGGUCCUCAUCAGAGAGCGGGUUAAGGAGUCAUCUGAGAAUAGAUGGAAAUUAGUUCUCGUCUCCUUCGCUCCUUCUGUGCGGUGUGCACUGCCACUGUGCACCUUUCCAUUUACACACACACACACACACCAAGCCACUCCCCCUGCCACUCACAACAACAAAGAUGAGAGAUCACUUCUUCCUCUCUGACAAGCAGUUUUAACUCUCUAUUUGCAUUUGAGGUUUGGUCCAACAGAAUCAGUAAUAUGGACACCGAAACACAUUGAGACAUUAUUUUACUGUAAUAGAAGAGAAGUUAAACUUUUCUCCACUCCUCAAAUUGCGCCCAGAGCAGACUACUAAAACGGGGGUAUCAAGGAACAUUGAGUACAUUUUACAUGUACACUAAUAAUUUGAUAUUAAAUUGAUUAUGGCAGUAGACCGAUUAUGGAAAUAGUAAUGUUAACCCCUUACUCUGUUUAUCUUAAUCAGCACAAGGUCAUAAUCAAAGUAAGCAUAUGCCAAUUAAAACACCUGGUUUUCUGCGCAAUCUUUAGAGUUACAGUGCAUUCGGAAAGUAUUCAGACCCCUUGACUUUUUCCACAUUGUGUUACGUUACGGCCUUAUUUUUAUUUUUUUUAUUGUUCUCUCAUCAAUCUACACACAAUACCCCAUAAUGACAAAGCAAAAACAGGUUUUUAGAAUUUUGGGCAAAUUAAUAAUAAAAUAAAAACGGAAAUAAGACAUUUACAUAAGUAUUCAGACCCUUUAGUACUUUGUUGAAGCACCUCUGGCAGGGAUUACAGCCUCAAGUCUUCUUGGGUAUGAGUCUACAAGCUUGGCACACCUGUAUUUGGGGAGUUUCUCCCAUUCUUCUCUGCACAUCCUCUCAAGCUCUGUCAGGUUGGAUGGAGAGCGUUGCUGCACAGCUAUUUUCAGGUCUUUCCAGAGAUGUUCGAUAGGAUUCAAGUCCGAUCUCUGGCUGGGCCACUCAAGGACAUUCAGAGACUUGUCCGAAAGCCACUCCUACGUUGUCUUGGCUGUGUGCUUAGGGUCGUUGUCCUGUUGGAAGGUGAACCUUCGCCCCCAGUCUGAGGUCCUGAGUGCUCUGGAGCAGGUUUUCAUCAAGGAUCUCUCUGUACUUUGCUACAUUCAUCUUUCCCUCGAUCCUGACUAGUCUCCCAGUCCCUGCCUCUGAAAAACAUCCCCACAGCAUGAUGCUGCCACCACCAUGCUUCACCGUAGGGAUGGUGCCAGGUUUCCUCCAGACGUCACGCUUGGCAUUCAGGCCAAUGAGUUCAAUCUUGGUUUCAUCAGACCAGAGAAUCUUGUUUCUCAUGGUCUGAGAGUCUUUAGGUGCUUUUUGGCAAACUCCAAGCGGGCUGUUAUGUGCCUUUUACUGAGGAGUGGCUCCCGUUUGGCCACUCUACCAUAAAGCCCUGAUUGGUGGAGUGCUGUAGAGAUGGUUGUCCUUCUGGAAGGUUAUCACAUCUCCACAGAGGAACUUUGGAGCUCUGUCAGAGUGACCAUCGGGUUCUUGGUCACCUCCCUGACCAAGGCCCUUCUCCCCUGAUUGCUCAGUUUGGCUGGGCGGCCAGCUCUAGGAAGAGUCUUGGUGGUUCCAAACUUCUUCCAUUUAAGAAUGAUGGAGGCCACUGUGUUCUUGGGGACCUUCAAUGCUGCAUACAUUUUUUGGUACCCUUCCCCAGAUCUGUGCCUCAACACAAUCCUGUUUCGGAGUUCAACGCACAAUUCCUUCGACCUCAUGGCUUUGUUUUGGCUUUGACAUGCACUGUCAAAUGUGGGACCUUAUCUAGACAGGUGUGUGCAUUUUACAAAUCAUGUCCAAUAAAUUGAAUUUACCACAGGUGGACUCCAAUCAAGUUGUAGAAACAUCUCAAGGAUGUUCAAUGGAAACAGGAUGCUCCGGAGCUCAAUUUCGAGUCUCAUAGCAAAGUGUCUGAAUACUUAUGUAAAUAAAACAUUCUGUUUGUUUUUUUAUACAUUUGCAAACAUUUCUAAAAACCUGUUCUCACUUUGUCAUUAUGGUGUAUUGUGUGUAGAUUGUAUUGUAUAAAAAUGUAUUUAAUACAUUUUCAAAUAAGGCUAACGUAACAAAAUGUGGAGAAAGUAAAGGGGUCUGAAUACUUUCUGAAUGCUCUGUGUUAGGACAUGUAAACAUUUGCUAGCACGAGCAGCGUGAGCUUCCUUCUUUUGCGCAAGUGAAGUGAGUUCGGGAAAAACGUAACCAUUUCUAAUAUUUAUACUUUUUCACAUACACAGUUUGUAUGUCCGAACUCCGAAUCAAAUAGGUUUCACAAAAAUAACAUGGGCACUGUGGUAUAACGUUUAUUUUGAUUGCUGAUUUUUCUGCAUUUGUCAGUUCCAUCAGGUAGCCAGAUUUCAGAUGUGUCCAUGUAAACAGGAUUAUUAGGGAAAUCUGUCUUCUUGUAAAGCAUGUAAACAUUUAAAUCAAACUAUUAUGUUAAUCUGACUAUUCACAAGAAUCAUAUUAUUGUGUGCAUGUAACCGUACUCAUUGAUUCUGGAAAAUGUAUGCUCAGUUUGUCGCACGCAGCAUUGCGUUACCAUGUACCGCUAGCAGCAUUUUAGCCAAAGACUGUUAUACUAGCUGUCUAGUCAUUUAUUAAUGUGCAAUAAGCAUAAAACACAAUUAUGUAAGGAAUAGGCAACUCUUUCUCAUUCUGAGAAAUAUGGUAGGCCACUUGAUUUCAUCAUCUGAACAAAGUGAACAGGCUAGCAUGCUGUUCAAACAGUUGGAGACAGACAUUCAACUGUUCUACCUUGUUAGCUAGCAAAUAUAUCCAAGUUCGGGUAAACUUGAAAUAUAAAGAUUAGCUGGCUACUCACUAGCACUUGGGCUUGUGCUUGAGAAAUUGUUUGACCUGUGUUAAUUUUCUAUAAUGCCUACUGCAAGAAGUUAGUCAUUAUUAGUGAAUGUGCAUUAUGCAUGGUUCUGGUUAAAUCUGUAACAAAAAGGGCUUUUUCAUAGACAGACUUGAAAGCCAGAUCAGUGAUUAUUGCAAAAAAAAACAUAUAAUUUCACAAGCCCUGAAUUCAUUAGAUUAUUGCUGACUGUUUUAAAUGCUGUGUAUUUGACCUUUUAAUUGUACAACAAAGCUUAUUUGGAGAAAACAUUAUAAAAGCUUUUUGGGGUUACUACAUGAUUCCAUAUGUGUUAUUUCAUAGUUUUGAUGUCUUCUCUAUUAUUCUAUAAUGUAGAAAAUAGUAAAAAUAAAGAAAAACCUUUUGAAUGAGCAGGUGUUCUAAAACUUUUGACCGGUAGUGUAUAUCAUUAAUUUACGAUAAAUUUGAAAAAAAUGUAGAUAUAAUUUUUCUGCCAUAUUGCCCAGCCCUAAAGAGUUUCCCUGUGUGGUUAGGUGCACAGGGAGCUUAGUUGGGCUGUUGGCUGGUAAUGGACAACAUGUUUAUCUGUGAAAGCCAUAUAUAGAGUGCUGUCUAUUAGUCGCUCUAUGAACUGCCAAUUUCCAACUCUUAAUUUAAUCUGUGCCCUUCGAUUGGCUCAUAAAUAUAUUUUCUCUCACCUCCCUUCAUUCUACCCUCCAGUUGUUUAUUUACGUUCUGUUCCGCUUUCCUUCUCUAACCCACUCCUCCCCUCUGCCACCCCUCCUUCUGCCUCACUCUCUCCCCUCCCCGCCCUCUGUGGAAAGAAAAAGAACACUGCUUACUGACUGCGUGUAUCUGCCUGCUUGCAAACACUAUGUCAGCAUGCAGUCAUAGUGACAUCAUGUGACCUGGAACAAAUCAGAGCCCUGCUUACUCUGUCAGACAUGCAUCUGCCCGCAGCUUUAUCCAAUCAGGGCAGCUGUUGUUGCUUGUCACAUAGGCUUGUGCUGCCUUUUUUUUUUGUUUGUAAGAAAGUCUGUACUUCCUGUAAGAGAGAGAAGGAUCCUGGAUUAACUUUGCCUGUGUAUGCUGCUGCUCAGCUGAUGUAGAACAUACAUGUACCAGACAAGUUUGGUGUGGUUUCUGCUGGCAGUCUGGAAGAGUGGAGAGCACAAGAACAGCCGUGUGUUUGAGUAGCGGAGGAGAGAGGAGCUUUAGGGUCAGCUUUGGCCUGUGCAGUCUGACGAGGCAUGUCCCUCAGAGCUCGGCAUCCUGUGAGUACCACACUGGAGGGAAACGGUCGGUUGAAGUGCGAUGAUGCAGUCCCUAACUGGGUCAUGCUGUGUGGAAAGCCAAAUGGGAGGGUUUCCAGUGUCUGGUGGGUGUGGGCAGUGGUAGACUAGAAUAGGGAGGUAUUGUCUGGUUAGAGGAAGCUCUUUUAGCCACAGAUUUAGUGAACAUGCCGAAGCUGCAGUCUCUAGCCUACAUGACCGUCCUCUGGGUUUACAAGCUGCUCUAGUCAAGCAGAAAGAUCCCCCCCAUCAUGGUAAUAUGAACUUGUGUAGACAUAACAGAAAUAAAGAGCAAGAGGGACUCUCUUUUUCCGUGGUUUGUUUGUAAUGCAAAGGCUUUGUCCCUCUGCGAUUAUGAGGUCAGUGUCAUUGAUAGUAUUUUAUUGAACCUCAAAUACAUUUUUACAUUUUAGUCAUUUAGCCGACGCUCUUAUCCAGAGCGACUUAGUUAGUGAGUGCAUACAUUUUCCAUACUGGCCCCUGUGGGAAUCGAACCCACAACCCUGGCGUUGCAAGGGCCAUGCUCUACCAACUGAGCUACAGGGGGCCUACAUCAGGGGCCCACUCAACAGUGAUUGAUAUAUAAAUAGUGUAUGGUACAACUUCUCUGUGAAAAUUGGGAUGGAAUGAUUUUGAUCACUGGGGUGGGGGGGUGUUACUCUAUUACUCUAUUUUAUGUGUCUUUUGGAAUCAGGUGUUAAAACAAUACAGGUGUGAAAAUCAAUCCAUGAUGCCAGCACUAUGACUGUAGUCAACAUAACCAUGAGGAUGCAUUUCCCCAAAGUCGGUUGAUGUCGAUUUCAGAUUCAGAACGAACAUUUUUAUUUAAAAAAUUUUUACAGUGGAUUUGAUAUCUGUCAUUCUCUUUUCUGCCUCUUCAGAUUUCGUUGAUGGAGGAAGAAUAAGAGCGAGACCCCAGAGCUAACUGUUUCUUAGAAACAGACAUGAAGCUGUGUGGAUGUCUGCUUGAACACACACAUAUAAAAGAAAAACUCCCAGGAGAAUCCAAAUGCCCUUACUGCUGGGACUUUCCCCACUUUAGGUUUUUAGAGAGGAGAAGUACUAUUUUUCUGUUUGCCCCCAAGCUCUAAAGAGCACUAAUGCCAGCCUCCUCUAUCCCACAAAUUUAAAGAGGGCUAUUCUUUAGUGUUGCAAAGUGCCUGUUUUUAUUUAUUUUUGCUCAGGCACCUCUUUGGCCAGCAACAGUAAGCAACUUACUUCUAUUGAUAGCAAACCACCUUUUAUCCUAAAGGAAGUUAAGAAAAAAAGGCCUAGAUAAAUCAAAUCAAAUCAAAUUUUAUUGGCCACAUGCGCCGAAUACAACAGGUGUAGACAUUACAGUGAAAUGCUUACUUACAGCCCUUAACCAACAGUGCAUUUAUUUUUAAUAAAAAAGUAAAAUAAAACAACAACAAAAAAGUGUUGAGAAAAAAAGAGCAGAAGUAAAAUAAAAUAACAGUAGGGAGGCUAUAUAUACAGGGGGGUACCCUGUUUCUCAACACUUCAGUUGAGAAACAGGCAUAGUCCAAAGGCCGCUCUAGAACCAGAGUAGCACUGAGCAAGUGGUUAUGGAUAUGUUUUAAGAGUUGUAAUAUUGUAAGGUCAGAAUGCUUUGCUUUGGUUAAGAAUGAGUUUCGAGGUGUUUCUGAGGAAGUUGCGGCGUAUUUCAUUUCUGUAUUUUAGCCUCGUUGUGUUCCAGGUAUAGAAGGGGCUAUUGUUGAUUUAGGCCUAAUGUCAUCAGUCAGGCGUCUGGUCACAUCUGUUCAGCAAAUACAUACUACCACCUAAUGGAUGUUAUGCAAUGAAAUGAUCUGUAAGUCUGUGGAUAAUGAUGGUAGCCUAAGGGCUUGGAAGGGGAUUGACCAUAGGUCAGACUCGGGAUGGGACAAGUCUCCCCAACCUCCUCCUGCACACACACAAACACAUAUUCCGAGUCAUGAAGAUAAAGUCUAGUGUUCUCUCUAAAACGUUUACAACUUAAUUCCCUUUGCCAUGGGUUUCUUGAUUCAAUUUUGCUGAUGCCAUAAAAUGUGUUCAAUUAAGUAGGCAGGCAGGCUGCCAGGCAAAGCUUUUAUGUAGCCUUUAAACAAUGCUAGUUGAACUAUUCAUAUCACUCCACUUACAGUACAAUGCUGGAAGCUUCUCCCAAACUGUUGCUGUUUUUGUGCUGCUACAACCUGCCUUUUCAAAGCCCCACCAGGGAAUUUAAACACUUUUUUUUUAUCUGCCUACAAACUUUCAGAGUAGAGGCAAUGACAGAGUAAAAUUCUUAGUCUAAAAUAGGUUACCAGAUGGUAGCAGAAAACUGUCAUACCGUGCUGUAAAGUUAGACUAAGAAUGUUCUGCUGUUUUUUCCCCCUUCUAUUUUAGGAGGCAGAGACAGGAUUUGUUCCAAGUGUCCAAGACUUUGAUAAGAAACUUGCAGAGGCUGACGCAUACCUACAAAUUCUAAUUAAUCAGUUAAAGGUGAGGUUUCUCCAUAUUUGGGUGACUAAGUAUGACAGUGACUUUAAUAAAACUGGUGAGUGACUUGUCAAUGCAUCAUCGAUUAAUGUUUUUUAAUUUGGCUCUUGAUUUGCAUGUAUCCUCUUCAGCUCAGAUUUAGAUUGCAUCCCCUCUCUCUUCCAGCUCUUCGACGAGAAAAUCAAAGAUUGCAAAGAAGAGUCAUGUAGAGUGAGUGACAUCUGUUUCAUCUCUUGUCACCAGAACGAUGCCUGAUAAUGAAUGAAUCUCAAAGAUAAUAUUUUAUAACACUUUAUUUUAAGGGUCAGUAAUAAACCAUUUAUAAGGCAUUUAUAAAUUGUGUUCACCAUUUAUUAAUCAUUACUCCCACAUGAAUCAACCAUUUACUAAUCAUUAGUACAAUAUGUUUUCAGUCCCUAAUCUAAAAUUAGUGCUAUUUAUACUUCAAAAAUACUUUAUAAAUGUUUUGAGUGACCAGUGUAAUUUCUCACAAAAAGAUGGGCAUACCAUUCAUGCAAUACCUGGUAAAAGAAUAUGUAUAUAAAGUACAUGUGUGAAUAACUAGCUUACUAAGAUUUACAAAUGUGGGAGUAAUGAGUUAAUAAAUGGUGAGCAAACAGGUUGUAAAUGCCUUAGCUGUGAUUCACUUCCUUAUUGAGAUCAUGAGUUUGUUUUUGGUCAGUUUGGAACAUUUCAACUCUGUAGCUUAUUUAAUAUGGUGAGGACAAUGACCUACUAUGUAGUGGUGAACAUAGAACACAACUAUAGUUGGAAUGGCAUCAUUGCUCGUCCAGUCUAAUGCCAUGGCUGUGAAAGAGUUUGAACAAAGCAGGUUUCCGCUUUGGUUUCAUUGUGCUAAUCUUUCUAAAUUUACCUAACUUUCAGUCAUGAUUUCCAAGUCUAGUCAGGUGUUGAAACAAUGUUGGAAGUGAAACAGCCAUUUGUAAUUAUGUUUCUCUCCUUUUUUAGAAAAUUGAAAAUUUGAAGGAAACCACAUGUGUAAGUAAAACCCCAUUUUAAAUGUCCUUAUUUUCAGAACCACCUCUUGUCUGAGGUUGAGUGCAGUGUUUUAUUGUCUGUGCUGUUUCUCUUUUCAGAGUAUGGUAGAGUCCAUCAAGCACUGUAUUGUAUUGCUGCAGAUUGCCAAGGUAAAAAGGGUUAAUUCAUUUGACUGUGUUGGUCAGGGGUUGGCAAUAUUUUUGGCUCGAGGGCCACAUCGGGAUUUCACAUUUUUUUCCUAACUGAUUUGUUUGUCAAAAGCGAGCCAAAAAAAGGGCAGUUAUUUGAAAACGUAUAGGUCCUUUAUAAUUUCAACAUACUUUCUAUCUAGUUUUAGACAUUCAAGAGUGGCCUGGAGUGUUUUCUUUUAACCCAAAAUAAAAAAUACAAAAACCCGCGGGCCAGAUCGAAUGGGCUCGCGGGACAGAUCUAACCUGUUGCCCACCCCUGGUGUUGGGGCUCUCAUUGGAUUACUGUCAUGUCAUUGUUGUGAGAACAUCACGGUGCACUGCUUGUUUUAGCCAUGCCAGUAGUUUUCCACUUGACUACAGCCUGGGUUGUUGUUUAUUGUGGGCAGUUUGCUACAUUCCAUUAGGUUCCAUUUUGAGAUUUUGGAGAGGUGAUUCUCACACACUCGAUAAUCCUUGAGCUCAUAAUGCUUUUCUUGUGUUAUGUUAGCAUAACAAAUGCUCUGACUUUCUAAAUGACGUGUUUGGUUUCUUGAAAGAUAAGCUCUUAACAAGCUCAUAUCAUCAUUACAUACAAACAGUUUAACCUUCCUCAAGUAACAUUUUAUUUUCAAAAUUUUAAGGAUCAAAGUAACGAACAGCAACACGCAAACGGACUGAUAGUAAGUUUUGACGUUCUCUGUCCAUAAGAAAAAUCUAGAUCAACCAAACCUCUCUUCUUCUUUUCUGCUUAAUUCACUCUCAACUAUAGAAAAGAAGACAAAUCAAAUCCGUAACAAUGCAAGCCAUUUGAUUUGAUUAAUGGCUUUAUUUGGUAUAUUGCUCUUUCCUUUGUCACGCCACUAUCCCCUUUUCCAGCUGAAUAUCCUUUGCUUUUCUGUUGCUGAUAAUAGUUGGGAACUUUUGUCUUUACCCCUCAUUUUAGACACAGAACAUCAUUCUGAUUCUUUUAUGACGCACGUGUGUGUGAGUGCGCUUAUACCCUCCCCCCAACUUGCUAUCGAUUUUUCCUAACUGUGCAUGCCUAUUGAACCAUCAAGGACUAAUAGAUGUCAACCCAUCAAGGGCUGUUUACUGGCUUUACUCUCUUCCCGUAGAUGUUUAUAAGUUGGAAUCCCGUAGGAUCAGCCCACCAGGCCGGCCUUGUGAGAGUAAUCUCUCUGGCCAUUAGCAUUACAUGUAUAGACCCUCUUCCAACCAUGGCUUAAGCACUCUCUAGCUCUAACCUCUCUAGAGGCCUCUCCUCUAGUGUUGCUGUUGACAGAGUUAGACACGGUCAAAUGUAUCACUGAUCCAGAAAGCUAUGGCAGCAGUGCACUUUGUAUAAUGUGUGUCCGUACAUUACAGAGAUAUCGGCCAUAGAGAAAUAUAGCUUGACCCUGUGUUUUUCACAUCACAGGAUAAGUUCAAUAGGAGACGUUAUGCCAUUACAUUCUGUAGUUGACUGGAAUGUGUUUUGUCAGAUUUUGCUGCAAAUAUGCUGGAUAGUAUUAGGUUACAGUAAAUGUUGUGAUAUAAGUAGGUACAUAUUGAUUAGGUAGAAGUUAAUUAACCAAUAUUUCCCGGAAGCAGAGUGAAAGGUAAUUGAUCUUUCCAGUCAUUAGCAGUGUGUAUUUUAUUUUGUCAUGGUAGUCUCCACCGUGUUGGUGCAUUAAGUGUUACUACAGACUGCAUUCUAGAGCAAUGCAAGUUGCAAAUGUAUCUUUUAUGUUUUAAGACUGGCACCGUUUUGUCUCGCCCUGUACAGAGCACCAUCAACCCAGUGGAUGGGAUAUUUCACCCUCUGGACGCUUCUUUAGUCAACUUAGCCAUGCCAACACAGACCACACUCCCCACAGGUACAGUAUACAGAGAACCAAAAACACAAUCUCAUCUACAGUCCUAUCAGGAAGAUAUUUUUUAAAACAAUUUUUUUAGGGGGUAGAUCAGCUUUAAUAUUGCAGAUAGAUUGUAGCUUCCAUCAAUGUAAUUGUCUGCAUCAUUUCCAAUAACCCUUAUAUAUAUUUAUUAUUUUAUUUUUUAAAAUACAUUUUCCUUUAUUAUUUUCCCUUAACCCUACCACCCCUCCCCUAAUUGUAGUAAACUAAUGGACAACAACACUUAGGCUUCUACUUCCAGUUUAUACAUACUAUAUACAUUUUACGGACACAAUGUAUUUUACUAUAGUUAUCUUAAUUUGUUUUUAAUCCAAUCCUCCCAUCUAUCUCUGAAAACCAUUCCGUUUUGAUUUCUAUUUGCCAUAUAUUUUUAACUAUGCUGUUUCACAAAAGUUCUGAACCUAUAUACAUUUUACGGACACAGUAUAUUUUACAUUAGUUAUCUUGUUGUUUUUAGUCCCACUGUUAAGCUCCACUCAAUCCCUCCCAUCUAAAUAUGUUUUUAUUUUAUAUACACUACCGUUCAAAAGUUUGGGGUCACUUAGAAAUGUCCUUGUUUCCGAAAGAAAAGCAAUUUUUUUGUCCAUUAAAAUAACAUCAAAUUGAUCAGAAAUACAGUGUACACAUUGUUAAUGUUGUAAAUGGCUAUUGUAGCUGGAAACGGCUGAUUUUUAAUGGAAUAUCUACAUAGGCGUACAGAGGCCCAUUAUCAGCAACCAUCAGUCCUGUGUUCCAAUGGCACGUUGUGUUUGCUAAACCAAGUUUAUCAUUUUAAAAGGCUAAUUGAUCAUUAGAAAACCCUUUUGCAAUUAUGUUAGCACAGCUGAAAACUGUUGUGCUGAUUAAAGAAGCAAUAAAACUGGCCUUCUUGAGACUAGUUGAGUAUCUGGAGCAUCAGCAAUUGUGGGUUCGAUUACAGGCUCAAAAUAGCCAGAAACAAAUAACUUUCUUCUGAAACUCGGUCUAUUCUUGUUCUGAGAAAUGAAGGCUAUUCCAUGCGAGAAAUUGCCAAGAAACUGAAGAUCUCGUACAACGCUGUGUACUACUCCCUUUACAGAACAGCGCAAACUGGCUCUAACCAGAAUAGAAAGAGGAGUGGGAGGCCUCGGUGCACAACUGAGCAAGAGGACAAAUACAUUAGUGUCUAGUUUGAGAAACAGACACCUCACAGGUCCUCAACUGGCAGCUUCAUUAAAUAGUACCCACAAAACACCAGUCUCAACGUCAACAGUGAAGAGGCGACUCCGGGAUGCUGACCGAGGCAGAGUUGCAAAGUCCAGUGUCUGUGUUCUUUUGCCCAUCUUAAUCUUUUAUUUUUAUUGGUCAGUCUGAGAUAUGGCUUUUUCUUGGCAACUCUGCCUAGAAGAAUAAUUGCAAAAGAGUUUUCUAAUGAUCAAUUAGCCUUUUUUAAAUGAUAAACUUGGAUUAGCAAACACAACAUGCCAUUGGAACACAGGACUGAUGGUUGCUGAUAAUGGACCUCUGUACGCCUAUGUAGAUAUUCCAUAAAAAAUCAGCCAUUUCCAGCUACAAUAGCCAUUUCCAACAUUAACAAUGUCUACACUGUAUUUUUGAUCAAUUUGAUGUUAUUUUAAUGGACAAAAAAAUUGCUUUUCUUUCGAAAACAAGGACAUUUCUAAGUGACCCCAAACUUUUGAACGGUAGUGUGUGUAUAUAUAUAUAUAUAUAUUGUUUUUGUUGUAAUUCUUCUAUUCUUAUACACUGCUCAAAAAAAUAAAGGGAACACUAAAAUAACACAUCCUAGAUCUGAAUGAAAGAAAUAAUCUUAUUAAAUACUUUUUUCUUUACAUAGUUGAAUGUGCUGACAACAAAAUCACACAAAAAUUAUCAAUGGAAAUCAAAUUUAUCAACCCAUGGAGGUCUGGAUUUGGAGUCACCCUCAAAAUUAAAGUGGAAAACCACACUACAGGCUGAUCCAACUUUUAUGUAAUGUCCUUAAAACGAGUCAAAAUGAGGCUCAGUAGUGUGUGUGGCCUCCACGUGCCUGUAUGACCUCCCUACAACGCCUGGGCAUGCUCCUGAUGAGGUGGCGGAUGGUCUCCUGAGGGAUCUCCUCCCAGACCUGGACUAAAGCAUCCGCCAACUCCUGGACAGUUUAUGGUGCAACGUGGCGUUGGUGGAUGGAGCGAGACAUGAUGUGCUCAAUUGGAUUCAGGUCUGGGGAACGGGCGGGCCAGUCCAUAGCAUCAAUGCCUUCCUCUUGCAGGAACUGCUGACACACUCCAGCCACAUGAGGUCUAGCAUUGUCUUGCAUUAGGAGGAACCCAGGGCCAACCGCACCAGCAUAUGGUCUCACAAGGGGUCUGAGGAUCUCAUCUCGGUACCUAAUGGCAGUCAGGCUACCUCUGGCGAGCACAUGGAGGGCUGUGCGGCCCCCCAAAGAAAUGCCACCCCACACCAUGACUGACCCACCGACAAACCGGUCAUGCUGGAGGAUGUUGCAGGCAGCAGAACGUUCUCCACGGCGUUUUCAGACUCUGUCACGUCUGUCACAUGUGCUCAGUGUGAUCCUGUUUUCAUCUGUGAAGAGCACAGGGCGCCAGUGGCGAAUUUGCCAAUCUUGGUGUUCUCUGGCAAAUGCCAAACGUCCUGCACGGUGUUGGGCUGUAAGCACAACCCCCACCUGUGGAUGUAGGGCCCUCAUACCACACUCAUGGAGUCUGUUUCUGACCAUUUGAGCAGACACAUGCACAUUUGUGGCCUGCUGGAGGUCAUUUUGCAGGGCUCUGGCAGUGCUCCGCCUGCUCCUCCUUGCACAAAGGCAGAGGUAGCAGUCCUGCUGCUGGGUUGUUGCCCUCCUACGGCCUCCUCCAUGUCUCCUGAUGUACUGGCCUGUCUCCUGGUAGCGCCUCCAUGCUCUGGACACUAUGCUGACAAACACAGCAAACCUUCUUGCCACAGCUCGCAUUAAUGUACCAUCCUGGAUGAGCUGCACUACCUGAGCCACUUGUGUGGGUUGUAGACUCCGUCUCAUGCUACCACUAGAGUGAAAGCACCGCCAGCAUUCAAAAGUGACCAAAACAUCAGCCAGGAAGCAUAGGAACUGAGAAGUGGUCUGUGGUCACCACCUGCAAAACCAGUCCUUUAUUGGGGGUGUCUUGCUAAUUGCCUAUAAUUUCCACCUGUUGUCUAUUCCAUUUGCACAACAGCAUGUGAAAUGUAUUGUCAAUCAGUGUUGCUUCCUAAGUCGACAGUUUGAUUUCACAGAAGUGUGAUUGACUUGGAGUUACAUUGUGUUGUUUAAGUGUUCCCUUUAUUUUUUUGAGCAGUGUGUAUAUAUAUAUAUAUAAUUUUUUUUUAAAGGGGUAGAUCAGCUUUAAUAUUGCAGUUUCUACAGAUUGUAAAUUAAUGACAAACAUUUUUGCUAAAAGUAUUAUUAUAUUAUUGAUCGAUUUUGUCUAUGACUUUAAAAAUCACCCAGCAGUGCUAUUUGCAGAGUUAGCUCCAGCUAAAAUUGCAAUUCUUCAGCCAUUCCUGAACCUGCGACCAAAAACAAGCUACAUAUGAACAGUACCAAAACAAAUGAUCUAAUGAUAUUCUGUCUCUUCGCAGCCAAAUCUGCAGAGCUGGGAUGGUUUUAUCCCCCAUAUAUAUAACAUUCUAUUGGUUGCAAGAAUCAGGAAGAUUUGUUCAUCAGAAUAAAAAUAGCCCUUUUGAGUUCACAUACUGAUAUUGCAUACACAAGCUGACAUGGGGCGUAUUUUUAUUCAAAAAAUCAAGGACAUAGAUUAGCCUUGGAUUUAAUACUUUCAGAUAUUUGUCCCUGAUAAAUGUUUAUUUCCUGAAACACACAUCCACAGUGCCACCUGGUGUGCUUGAAUCUCUAUUUCUCAGCAUGUCUACUUGGCAAUGACCUUUCCCAAUGUAGAGCAAUCUAAAUUCAGCUUUCAAUGAAAUUUGACACAAAAAUCCAAUCCCAAGGUCUAGACCCCAUGUUAGCACAGUUUGGUGACAUUAACAUUCUCACAGUCACAGGUUUAUAUUAGACUGACUGCUUUGCAGUUUUUGUGUGUUUGAAAAGCUUGCUCCCACACAGGUCUGUAAUGACUUUGAUCUGUUGCAUCAUAAAGCAGUGUUGUUCUAAGUCCAGAGCUUUCUUAUUUUUCUCUUGUCUCCUUUCUUUCUGUAGAUGGCUCUCAGAUGUGUAAAGGAGAACAGCGGCCCUCCACUCUACCGGUGGGGGCUGUUGUCACGGUGAUGGGCAGUCUGCAGACUCCGACUCCCAACAGCACAGGUCAGAGGUCACCUCACUCUAGUGGUCAGGUCAUCAACACUUUGCUAGCAGCCAGAUAAACAUUCCGUUAUGUUACCGAACACUUGCAUUUAGGGACUUGAGUAUCAUGUCACAAUCACUGGUGUAGUGGAGGGUAAACGCAGCUUACCCAGCUUUUUUCCCUCAACAGUUUACCCACCUUUUGCGGAAAAAUGCAUCGAAAGAAUAAGAAACUUUACUUUUUUCACCGCAACCGGCGAUCAGAGUUAACCCAUCUGUUUGUUUAACACUUUAAUCACUGGUCACGAUCACCACACAAAUAUAACUGUCACGGUACAUUUGUGGAUGUGGUGGUGAAGUCAGGCGCAGGACACAGCGGAUAAGUCAAAACGACUUUACUGAGACUCAAAGACAAUCCAAAAUAAAUGGCCUCGAACACACAGGAGGCAAAGAAUACGCGCAACGCGUAAACUACACUAAGCACAACAUAUACCGAAAAAAGACAAACCACAAUGUGGACAAUAACACACAACUCCAAAACAUAACACAGGGAAACUUAUAGGUGACAUAAUCAGGACAGAAUACGAAACAGGUGCACUAAACUAGACAUGACCAAACAAACAUCGAAACAUCAAACGGUGGCAGCUAGUACUCCGGGGACGACGAACGCCGAAGCCUGCCCGAACAAGGAGGAGGAGCAGCCUCUGCAGUAUUCGUGACGAUAACAGUAUUGAUUUUGUGUACAUUUGUGAAACUCAUCAGAGUACAGAUACAGGUUAGUCCCCUGUAGCUCAGUUGGUAGAGCAUGGCGCUUGCAACGCCAGGGUUGUGGGUUCAUUUCCCACGGGGGGCCAGUAUGAAAAAUGUAUGCACUCACUAACUGUAAGUCGCUCUGGAUAAGAGCGUCUGCUAAAUGACUAAAAUGUAAUUGUAAUUAUGACAUUUUCAGUGACAUUUUUUCAUUUACUCAUUCUAUUUUCUAAAAUGGGUUAUGUUGGAGGGUCUUGCCUGUUUCCAAUUCUGCUGAUGCUGCAAAAUAAAUCCUGUGCAGUGCACUAAGGAAGAAGCCUGGGAGCACACAUUGCACUGCAGGGGAGAUUAUGCAAAGAAUAAACUCCUCAUGGUUCCCUAACAAUGUGGGAACAAUAUGAACAGACAAAUGGUGCCCAUAUGAUCACUGACAAGAAAGACCCUGCAUUGAGCCUCUGUGUAUUGUUUAGUUCAAAGCAGUUAUAAUAGUUUAUUUACAAGAGUAAACAGUUAGCCAUCGCUAUACAUGGUGUAAGCCCGUUUGUGGUCUCAGCUGUGACCCCCUGCUCACCCCCACCUCUCUCUCUGUCUAUCUGUGUGUUUCAGGGAGUGGCCCCUCGGUCCCCAGCAGCAGCGGUGCCUCCCCCAGUCACAUGACGAUCCCCUCCAACUCGGUCCCUGACUUCUCCUACUCCAGCAGCGAAGAUGAAUUCUACGACGCUGACGAGUUCUACCAGAACAGCACGUCUCCCAAGCACCUUCUAGAGUGAGUGUAUAUACUGUCUUUAUCAUAAUCCAUCCAUACCGCAGUUCACUGGCGUACUGGGGUUUACAGGGACCAAGGACGGGAGGGAGAUGAUCCACUUCACCACAUCCUCUCACUAGCUCUUUAUUUCAUGAUUUUAUAGAUUAUUUAAUUAUCAUAUAAGCUGAUUGUGUUUUGCUAGAGGUGUGUUUAUAACCUGUGCCUUUAUAUAUUUCCUGUCAGGUAAUCAGUUCUAUCUUUCUCUGCAUCCCUCCAUCUCUCCAUCCUCCUCUCUGUCAGUUCCUCUAGGCCUCCUGCUGCCUUGCCUCACAGCGAUGACGGAACAGUGCUGAAACGUCCAGACACUAACGAGUCCCUCAACUCCUCCAUGUCUAACGGCACCACUGAUGCAGGUGAUGCACAUAUUCACACAUGAACGCACACACACAAACACACACACGCACAUUGCCCUACUUAUCCACGCACCUGUAUACCCCCAACAAUAACCUAUUUUUAUGGAACAACAACAUCACACAUUCUGUUCCUGUUCUGUUUUGGCAGAUGUUUUAUUUAGUAACAGAAAAGAGGAUGUCAGGAUGUCCUUUAUCAGUGGUGGCUGGCCUACUGUAGGUGUUUUUAACUGCCUGCUGUCUGCUCUGGUCAGAUCAAUUUGACAGCCAUGAUGACGAGGCGGAGGAUCAGGGGGAGUCUGUGGAGGAGCACAAGAGUGUCAUCAUGCACCUGCUGUCCCAGGUGCGACUGGGCAUGGACCUCACCAAGGUAAGAGCUCUGUCUGUCCGUCCGUCCGUCCGUCUCUCUUUAUCUCUCUCUUGCUAACUGUUUCUUUCUUUUUUUUCUCUUUCCCCAGGUGGUCCUGCCCACAUUUAUCUUGGAGAGGAGGUCUUUGCUGGAGAUGUAUGCUGACUUUUUUGCACAUCCGGAUUUGUUUGUCAGGUACACCACUUCAAACAGUCAUACAAAAUAAGAAAAACAUUGCUUUUCAGAAUCUCUCCCAUAAUUUCCAUUGAGGGCAUUCUGCACAGAUGGUGUCACAACAUUCGAUCCAGUGGUGUGACGGCUGAUGUUUUUAUCCCCAGUAUCGCAGAUCAGCUGGAGCCCAAGGAGCGGAUGGUACAGGUGGUGAAGUGGUACAUGUCAGCCUUCCAUGCAGGGAGGAAAAGCUCAGUGGCCAAGAAGCCGUACAACCCCAUCCUGGGAGAGGUCUUCUUCUGCCACUGGGACCUGCCUUCAGAGAGUGAGGAGCCCAGUGCAAUGGUGAGCAUUGUACCACAGUAAAGACUGACAACUUAUAUUCAUAUGAUUUAAUGUAUAUGCUGGUUUUUAGUAAUACUAUAAUUAAGCAAUAAGGCACGAGGGGGUUGUUCAUCUCCAGAGCCCUGAUGGCUAAGAGCUGUUCUUGCACUCGACGCAACACAGAGUGCCUGGAUACAGCCCUUAGCCUUGGUAUUUUGGCCAUAUACCACAACCCCCCGAGGUGCCUUAUUGCUAUUAUAAACUGGUUACCAACGUAAUUUGAGCAGUAAACAUAAAUGUUUUGUCAUACUCGUGAUAUACGGUCUGAAAUACCACGGUUGUCAGCCAAUCAGCAUUCAGGGCUCGAACAACCCAGUUUAUAAUCAAUUUUAAGUUUUGUGAUACUGAGGCAAGUGUUUUUAAUUGUUUCAUCAAGCCUUUACUAAUAAAUUCAUGUUUACCCCCGACCCCUCCUCCCACCCCACAGGAGCCAUCGUCAGAGGGUCCAGUGCCAUGGUCUUCAGCCAACAGUGUGUCUUUUGUAGCAGAGCAGGUCUCUCAUCACCCCCCCAGUGAGUCUCCCCUCCCACUCGAUAUUCCACAUAGCUGUCAGAGUACCAGAGCCAUACAUGUUAACUGUACUGUUGCCUUUCCUCUUCCUUGUAGUUUCUGCAUUCUACGCAGAGUGUCUCAGCAAAAAGAUUCAGUUCAACGCCCACAUUUGGACCAAGUCAAAGUUCUUAGGAAUGUCAAUUGGAGUGCACAAUAUUGGCCAGGGUAAGACAUCGUUUCAAGCACUUAGGCUUUCUGUUAACACCAAAUAUUUACCAACUACUAUACAUGGGAAGACUUCUUUAGCUCACAUAGUCCAUAAACAUGUGUGCUCACACACUUACUAAAACCUUAGUGUGUUUUGUGUAUUCUGAAGUGUGUGCUUCCCCCUUCUCUCCUCUAGGCUGUGUGUCCUGUCUGGAACAUGACGAGCACUACAUACUCACCUUUCCCAAUGGAUAUGGCAGGUAGGCUCAUGCUUGAAGAGUAAAUAACACACACUGUCUCAAGUUUGUGGUGCUGGAAAUAAAAGCCCCAUUUCAAUUCACAAUAAAACAUAAUUCCAGCACAGCACACACAAUGUACUGUAUGUAAAGUGAGUGUGUAUAAAUGGGAAUAACAUGUUAUCUGGAUUCCCUGACCUGACAUGUAGUGGGGUGUUCCUUCUCUCUUCAGGUCGAUCCUGACUGUCCCAUGGGUGGAGUUGGGUGGAGAGUGUAACAUCAACUGCUCCAAAACGGGCUACAGUGCCAGCAUUGUGUUUCACACUAAGCCCUUCUACGGUGGAAAGAAGCACAGGAUCACCGCUGAGAUCUUGUAAGGGGGUUUUCUUAUUUGUAAUCAUGCACAGAGUGUUAGCCUAUUCUUGCUUUAUUAACUGUGCUCACAGCAGUAUAUGGAAAUAUUUUGUUUGUUGUGAUGUUAAUUAUAUAUUACAAAUGUGUUUGUUUGUAGUCCUCCCAAUGACAAGAAGUCAUUCUGCUCCAUUGAAGGAGAGUGGAAUGGAGUGAUGUAUGCUAAGUGGGCAUCUGGGGUGAGUUCAGUUAAAAAAUGUGAUCUCUGCUGGAUAUCAAUGUGUUAAUACAGUGGGGAGAACAAGUAUUUGAUACCCUGUCGAUUUUGCAGGUUUUCCUACUUACAAAGCAUGUAGAGGUCUGUAAUUUUUAUCAUAGGUACACUUCAACUGUGAGAGAAGGAAUCUAAAACAAAAAUCCAGAAAAUCACAUUGUAUGAUUUUUAAGUAAUUAAUUUGCAUUUUAUUGCAUGACAUAAGUAUUUGAUACAUCAGAAAAGCAGAACUUAAUAUUUGGUACAGAAACCUUUGUUUACAAUUACAGAGAUCAUACGUUUCCUGUAGGUCUUGGCCAGGUUUGCACACACUGCAGCAGGGAUUUUGGCCCACUCCUCCAUACAGACCUUCUCCAGAUCCUUCAGGUUUCGGGGCUGUCGCUGGGCAAUACGGACUUUCAGCUCCCUCCAAAGAUUUUCUAUUGGGUUCAGUUCUGGAGACUGGCUAGGCCACUCCAGGACCUUGAGAUGCUUCUUACGGAGCCACUCCUUAGUUGCCCUGGCUGUGUGUUUCGGGUUGUUGUCAUGCCACAACCCAUCUUCAAUGCUCUUACUGAGGGAAGGAGGUUGUUGGCCCCAUCCAUCCUCCCCUCAAUACGGUGCAGUCGUCCUGUCCCCUUUGCAGAAAAGCAUCCCCAAAGAAUGAUGUUUCCACCUCCAUGCUUCACGGUUGGGAUGGUGUUCUUGGGGUUGUACUCAUCCUUCUUCUUCCUCCAAACACGGCGAGUGGAGUUUAGACCAAAAAUAUAUAUUUUUGUCUCAUCAGACCACAUGACCUUCUCCCAUUCCUCCUCUGGAUCAUCCAGAUGGUCAUUGGCAAACUUCAGACGGGCCUAGACAUGCGCUGGCUUGAGCAAGGGGACCUUGCGUGUGCUGCAGGAUUUUAAUCCAUGACGGCGUAGUGUGUUACUAAUGGUUUUCUUUGAGACUGUGGUCCCAGCUCUCUUCAGGUCAUUGACAAGGUCCUGCCGUGUAGUUCUGGGCUGAUCCCUCACCUUCCUCAUGAUCAUUGAUGCCCCACGAGGUGAGAUCUUGCAUGGAGCCCCAGACCGAGGGUGAUUGACCGUCAUCUUGAACUUCUUCCAUUUUCUAAUAAUUGCGCCAACAGUUGUUGCCUUCUCACCAAGCUGCUUGCCUAUUGUCCUGUAGCCCAUCCCAGCCUUGUGCAGGUCUACAAUUUUAUCCCUGAUGUCCUUACACAGCUCUCUGGUCUUGGCCAUUGUGGAGAGGUUGGAGUCUGUUUGAUUGAGUGUGUGGACAGGUGUCUUUUAUAAGGUAACGAGUUCAAACAGGUGCAGUUAAUACAGGUAAUGAGUGGAGAACAGGAGGGCUUCUUAAAUAAAAACUAACAGGUCUGUGAGAGCCGGAAUUCUUAUUGGUUGGUAGGUGAUCAAAUACUUAUGUCAUGCAAUAAAAUGCAAAUUAAUUACUUAAAAAUCAUACAAUGUGAUUUUCUGGAUUUUCUGGAUUUUAGAUUCCGUCUCUCACAGUUGAAGUGUACCUAUGAUAAAAAUUACAGACCUCUACAUGCUUUGUAAGUAGGAAAACCUGAAAAAUCGGCAGUGUAUCAAAUACUUGUUCUCCCCACUGUAUGUGAUUUUCAGGAAGGUUUUGUUGUUUUAAGGAAAUAACUAUGUCCCAUGUUUUUAAUCCCUGACCUCAACAUGUUCACACUGAAGGUUGACCUCAUACAUAAAAAGCAAUCUAGAAAGUGUUACAAUUUAAGACACUUUCAACCCAAACUUUCUAUCUCUUGAAUCCAGGAAAACUCCUUGUUCAUUGACACAAAGAAAAUGGGCUGUAUCAAGAAGAAGGUGAGGAAGUUGGAGGACCAGCUGGAGUAUGAGUCGCGCAGGUGAGAAGGCUCUCUUCGUUUUAUCGUGGGCAGUAAUAAGUGGAUGUUUUUUAUGUGUUCUGUCCAGUCCCCUUUCUGUGGACUUGGGGUAGUAGCUCCUGUCAUGGCAUCCAGUUUAAUGUGGCUGUCAAUCCAGCCAGGCACAAUAUUUUCAGAUUUAGCAAUAUAUUUAUUGUUUGGUCACUGUUUGACCCUCAGCCUUUGGAAGGAUGUGACGGUCAGCCUAAAGUCGAGAGACAUCGAUGCAGCAACGGAAGCCAAGCACAGGCUGGAGGAGAAGCAAAGGGGCGAGGCCAGGGAGAGGAAGGAGAAUGAAAUGCAGUGGGAAACUAGGGUGAGUGUGCCUAUUCUUAUCAUACAUCUCCAGAGCCCUGACAGCAAUAUUAACAGCCAUCCACUCCAUAUCAAGGUUAAUAGUUCACGGUGAUGAUUGUACUUAGAUGGAAAGUACAGUGCCUUCGGAAAGUAUUCAGACCCCUUGACAUUUUCCACAUUUUGUUACGUUACAGCCUUAUUCUAAAAUGUAAUAAAUAGUUUUUUCCCCUCAUCAAUCUACACACAAUACCCCAUAAUGACAAAGCAAAACACACAAUACCCCAUAAUGACAAAGCAAAAACAGGUUUUUAUAAAUUUCUGCUUAUUGUUUUGUAUUGUUUUUACGGAAAUAUCACAUUUACAUAAGUAUUCAGACGCUCUACUCAGUACCUUUGGCAGCGAUUACAGCAUCGAGUCUUCUUGGGUAUGACGCUACAAGCUUGGCACACCUGUAUUUGGGGAGUUUCUCCCAUUCUUCUCUGCAGAUGCUCUCAAGCUCUGUCAGGUAGGAUGGGGAGCGUUGCUGCACAGCUAUUUUCAGGUCUCUCCAGAGAUGUUAGAUUGGGUUCAAGUCCGGGCUCUGGUUGGGCCAUUCAAGGACAUUCAGAGACUUGUCCCGAAGCCAUUCCUGCGUUGUCUUGGCUGUGUGUUUAGGGUCGUUGUCCUGUUGGAAGGUGAACCUUUGCCCCAGUCUGAGGUCCUGAGUGCUCUGGAGCAGGUUUUCAUCAAGGAUCUCUCUGUACUUUGCUCGGUUCAUCUUUGCCUCGAUCCUGACUAGUCUCCCAGUCCCUGCCGCUGAAAAACAUCCCCACAGCAUGAUGCUGCGACCACCAUGCUUCACCGUAGGGACGGAGCCUGGUUUCCUCCAGACGUGACGCUUGGCAUUCAGGCCAAAGAGAUCAAUCUUGGUUUCAUCAGAACAGAGAAUCUUGUUUCUCAUGGUCUGAGAGUCUUUAGGUGCCUUUUGGCAAAACCCAAGCGGGCUCAAGUAGGGCUGUCAUGUGGCUCCGUCUGGCCACUACCAUAAAGGCCUGCUUUGGUGGAGUGCUGCAGAGAUGGGAGAGUCUUCCAGAAGGACAACCAUCUCCACAGAGGCACUGUGGAGCCAUGUCAGAGUGACCAUCGGGUUCUUGGUCACCUCCCUGACCAAGGCCCUUCUCCCCCGAUUGCUCAGUUUGGCCGGGCGGCCAGCUCUAGGAAGGGGCUUGGUGGUUCCAAACUUCUUCCAUUUAAGAAUGAUGGAGGCCAAUGUGUUCUUGGGGACCUUCAAUGCUGCAUAAAUGUUUUGGUACCCUUCCCCAGUUCUGUGCCUCAACACAAUCCUGUCUCGGAGCAAUACGGAAAAUUCCUUAAACCUCAUGGCUUGGUCUUUGCUCUGACAUGCACUGUCAACUGUGGGACCUUAUAUAGACAGGUGUGUGCCUUUCCAAAUCAUGUCCAAUCAAUUUAAUUUACCACAGGUGGACUCCAAUCAAGUUGUAGAAACAUCUCAAGGAUGAUCAAUGGAAACAGGAUGCACCUGAGUUCAAUAUCAAGUCUCAUAGCAAAGGGUCUGAAUACUUAUGUAAAUAAGGUAUUUGUUUUUUUAUUGUUAAUACAUUUACAACAAUUUCUAAAAACCUGUUUUCGCUUUGUCAUUUUGGGGUAUUGUGUGUAGGCCAGUGACAAGAAAAUCUCAAUGUAAUGAAUUUUAAAUUCAGGGUGUAACACAACAAAAUGUGGAAAAGUCAAGGGGUGUGAAUACUUUCUGAAGUCACUGUACCUUUUGGAUUUUUGAAAGCAGUAUUGUAGUCCCCACUGAUUAAGUCUCCAUGUUUAAUCCCUGCAGUUGUUCCAUGAGGAUGGGGAGUGCUGGGUCUACGAUGAGCCUCUACUGAAAAGAACUGGAUCACAGACGCACUGAGGCCACAGAUGCAGAUCUCUGAGUCUUAAUAAGAACUCUUUUGCAAACCACUUCUUAUCCAAGCCUUGGAAUGACUGAUGAUUGAACAUGAUCACAGCUUUGCAUUUUCGAAGAUACAAUUUAAUGAAAUCAAGAAGAAACAUCUACAAUAUAAAAAAUAAUAACCCUUGUUUCGCCAACCCCACAUCCACCACCUCCACCUCUCCAUCCCCUGAACGACUAAAAAAAGCAUGACAAAGACAGUACCAAUGCCCUUAGGCUACACAAACAAGCCCUCACAAUCUGGCAGGAGGAUCCCUCAAGGGUCUGUCCUUUUCCUUGAGGGGAAGGGAGUUUGGAUUGAAAAAACCUUGAAAAACAGCGUUCUGUAUCUCAGGGAAGCUGGUGACUGAGGAAUGAAUGGUGUAUCUCCAGGAGUUAGACGGCCUUAUAGUGGAAUCACAAGGGGGACAACCUGGCUUGCCUACAAUUAGCUACAGCUGUUUAUAUAUAGAUACUUAUGAUGAAUAUAUAUUCUCUUUUUGUAUUUUAUUUAUCUUUCUGGCAGUACUAAAUAUUUGAGGAUUUGAACUCUAUGGCAAUAAAUCAGGAACCAUUCCUUUUCUUUUCUACAUUUGUCCCCUCUCAAGUUCGUUGACAUUCUCUCCCCAUGUACUAACUCCAUCUAGUGCAGCGGUGUCAAACUCAUUUUGCCCCGGGGGCCGCAUUCUGUCUUCAACGAGGUCCAGAGGGUUAGCAUUGAAAAUUGGUUAUAUUUCCUCACCGGAUGUUUGACACCCCUGGACUAGUGUAUGUUUAUCUGCUCAAGAUAACCAGAAGAAGAACCCAAGAAGUCUGCAUUUGUAAGAUAGACAGUAGGUGGAGUCGAGGAAGAGGACUUGUCUCCAUGUUGUGACCAAAACCAUUUGUAGCGAUAUAGAGCACAUUCCUGCUGAAUACAUGCACGCAAUGAUUGCCUGUGGUGAAAAACUCAACAAGUUCACUUAACCGAAUUGUAUAGGUGGAGUAUCACCCUUUUCUUUCUAAAGUAGGUAAAUACUGUAUCGUCUAAUAUAAUAGAAUUUACAGAGGUUACAAACU